UUUAAUCCUGGUUGACGCAGCACUGAUUCUUGUGGCUCUUCACUGGAUAAGCAGCGGGCUGCUCGCAUUACCUUGUGUUUCUGUCGUGUCGCAGAGAGCUAGCUGGGCAGCUAAGGCUAGCUUUUCCCUGCUAUGUAGCUAGCCUGCUUAGAAACACCGAUGCGUCCAUCAUCGGACAUAUCUCACUCUGACAUGGUUAUUGCUGUUUAUCAUUCGUACUUGAAACCUAUUCUGUCAGUGAGAUAUGCGGCCAAACAAUCACAGAGACAGACAAAUGUGCAUGUGAAAUUUGUGUUCAAAUACAAGCUUAAAUGUUGGUGUAUGGACUAAUUUGAUGCCUAGUGGUGAAAGCGCAUCCGCUUAGGGUGGUGAAGAGGCAGCAGCAAUUGGCGGUGUCGUCUAUUUCUGCUUACGCUGUCAUUGGCUUGUAUGUGUGGAUGAUGCUUUGGACUAAUCGUCGUCCUGACAGCAGACAGUCGUGACGGUGCCGGUAACCGACGAGUAGGAAAUGACCUAGAGGCCUUACAGAUACAUUUGUGCUUUUGUCGCUCCAGUCUGGACCUGUGGAGAACAGCGAGACCUGGAAGCGUGCUUGUUUCCCCAGUGAGUAAUAUCUACCUCAGCCAGAAGACAGGGGGAGACCAGGAAGCUGCUGGAGACUUUACACAGGCAGACGGAGCUAUCAGCUGGUCACUUGCUCACUGCCUGCAAAUUCCUGCUUUUAGAGGAGGAUUUGAGACGGACUGGGUCUGUCUGCCCUUCGCCUCCCACUAACUUCUCUACCAGCCAGUGCAAAAGCAAAGAAGAAGUCACAUCCUCUGGUUCCAGCAUUUACUUGUUUGUUUGCUUUGUUCUAUUUUUUUUUUAGUUAACUCACUCUGUGCUGUUGACCAGUGACACAUUUUCCUUGGAUUCAUUUUUGGUUUCAGCUUUUAAAAGGAUUUUCUAUUUUUUAUUAGUACAGACUGGUAUAUGUACAGAUAUCCAAGUAUUUGCAUCUGUAUACUGUAUGAAGAAGGAUUUCUCCCCAUUUGAAGGAAAGUGAAUUACUGUAACACUUAAAAAUUUGGCUGUAGGUGUGAUUUUGCCUUUCCUCCCGUAUUAUGAGAAUUUUGUUUGACGCUGGAAACGUGGAAACUGGUGGUGCGUCUGUGCUGUUUUUUAUACUGGGCCUGACAAAUCUGCAGCAGGACUGCAUGUAAGCAUUUCUCUCAGCCUGCCAGUUUUUUUCCAUCGCCCUCGGACCUCACCUCUCCCUGUGCUGCUGCUCCACCAGGCACACUGCGAUGAGCUUCUGGCAGGUGGAAUCCUUAGGCUGUCUUUUUACGUAACUUGAGGAUUGUUUAAGGAUUGUUUGGUUUGUUCUUUUGUAAAGAGGACAAGAGCACUUAGUUGGGAAAAACUAAAUAAAAACAGCAGCUUCCGGUGCUGUUGCACCACUUAUGUAUUGUUGCAGUGCGCAGGAAAGUAAAAUGGACUACAAGCGUCGCUUUUUGCUCGGCGGGUCCAAGCAGAAAGUGCAGCAGCACCAGCAGUACCAAAUGCCUGAGCUGAGCCGGACCCUGAGCGCCUCCCUGGCCUCCUCCUGUUCGGCCUCUUCACCCAUGGGCACAGGUGUGGGCAUGCCUGGCAGCUGCCACCCUCCGCCUUCUGCUGCCACCACUGCAGUUGCAGACAUCCAGCAAGGCAUCUCCAAGUAUUUGGAUGCCCUCAAUGUAUUCUGCCGGGCCAGCGCCUUCCUCACAGACCUGUUCAGCAGUGUGUUCAGGAACUCUCACUAUUCCAAAGCAGCUAUGCAACUGAAGGACGUGCAGGAACACGUCAUGGAGGCGGCCAGCAGGCUGACUGCAGCAAUAAAGCCUGAAAUUGCCAAGAUGCUGAUGGAGCUGAGCUCUGGUGCCGCAAAUUUCAAAGACCAGAACGACUUCAGCCUGCAGGAUGUUGAGGUACUGGGUCGGUGCUUCCUCACAGUGAUGCAGGUCCACUUCCAGUUUCUGUCGCAGGCUUUGCAGAAGGUCCAACCUGUGGCUCAGUCCUGCCUAGCAGAGGCUCUUGCCCAGGCCCAGGAACGUUGUGCCAACACCCGCUCCCAAAGCUCUGACCUCGGGCCCCUCACAGAGCUGGAGGAAGCCUCCCGCUCAUGGAAAGGUGCAGCUGAGGCUACGACAAGGCUUAGAGAGAGGGGCCGGGACGGCUGCCUGGCAGGCAUCCAGGUUCAGCAGCUCUUCUGCUCCAACAAUACCACCAUCCCUGAGCACCAGCUGAAAGAGCUCAACAUGAAAAUUGACAAUGCUUUACAGGCCUACAAAGCAGCACUUGAGAGUCUGGGCCAUAGUGAGUAUGCGCUAAAGGCCGGCUUUCAUCUUAGCCCCAAAGCUGUGGAGGAAGCUUUACAGGGCUGCUGCAGUGAGGCGGAGGCCCAGCAGGCAGGGAGGAUACAGACCACCUCCCAGCCUAUCCAGUGUGAGCUUCCCACAAUCCCUGUGCAGAUCGGUUCACAUUUCCUCAAAGGAGUAUCCUUCAACGAGUCGGCGGCUGAAAACCUCAAACUGAAAACGCACACGAUGCUGCAGCUCAUUAAGGAGGCACUGGGCCAGAACGGAGUGACCCCCAGGGACGACUCUCCAGUCACAGAGGUCCUCAACCAUGUCUGCCCAUCCAGUUGGAGAGGAGCCUGCAAGACAGCUGUCCAGCUGUUGUUUGCCCAGGCUGGUCUGGUGGUUGUUGAUACUGCUCAGAUUGAGAACAAGGAGGCCUAUGCUCCGCAGAUCACCCUGGAAGGCUCUAAAGUGGUUGUCCAAGUACCUUCUACAUGGUGUCUGAAAGAGGACCCAGCUACCAUGUCCUUGUUGCAGCGGAGCUUGGACCCAGAGAAGACUCUUGGUCUUGUUGACAUGCUCUACACAGCUGUGUUUGACAUCAACAGAUGGAAGGAGGGAAAAGAGCAGGUCUUGCCUACUAUUCAGAUGCAGCUGCAGCGGGAGAGUCCAGACUAUGGUGCCCAUGUAGACCUGCCUCCAGGCACCAGCACCAAGUCCUCCAGCGGAUUGCCCAAAACAAUAUCCAAGCUGACUUCCAAGUUCACCAAGAAGGUCUCAUCCAGCUUGAAUAGUGGUGGCAGUUACUCCAUCCCCAGCACCCCGUCUCGCAGCAUGCUAACAGCUAGUAGCUCUGAGGAAAAGACCAAGAGCCUGGGCCAUAGUGAUGGGAGGCUCCAGAGUAUCCUGCAAAUGGGAAGCCUGUCCUGCGCCACUGACCCCACACUGCAAGGCCAGCUGGCCAACGGCUUACUGUCUGAGGACCAGGGCAUGAACUUGCCCACUGACCAAGAGAUGCAGGACGUCAUCGACUUUCUCUCAGGAUUUAACAUGGGUAAAUCUCAGCAGGCCUCGCCCCUGGUCAAGAGGAGAAACUCUGUAGCGUCUGCAAAUCCGGCUGAGCUGAAGCCACCGAGUGGACCCCCGCCAACAUCCCAGUCCAUCUCUCACAGUGCCCUGCAGCCUCCAGCUCAGACGAUGCCCCAGCCUCAGCCUCCACUAGUGCAGAAGCAGCAGCAGCAGCCUCAACCGCAACCACAGCCACCUCCUCCGCAGCAACAACCCCAACAGCAGCAGCCGCCCCCUCCUCCACCUCAGCAGCCCUCCCCACAGGCCCUCCAGUACUACCAGCACCUCUUGCAGCCCAUCAGUCAGCAGCAGCCACCUCCUCCUCAGCAGACUCCACCACAGGUCCUGCCCCAGCAGAGAGUUCCAAGCAAAUGGCUUGGCACGUCUGGGCAACAAACUGCGCCGCAAGGCCCCACAGCAGGCCUGUCACCUCUGGGUCCCAUCGGGCAGUGGGCAUCUCCUGGACUGCCAGAUCUGAGCUCAGACUUGUAUAGUCUGGGUCUGGUUAGCACUUACAUGGACAGUGUCAUGUCAGAGAUGCUUGGUCAGAAGCCACAGGGGCCUCGCAACAACACCUGGCCCAACAGGGACCAGAGUGAAGGAGUGUUCGGAGUCCUGGGAGACACACUGCCAUUUGACCCAGCAGUUGGCUCUGACCCAGAGUUUGCACGAUACGUUGCUGGCGUCAGUCAGGCCAUGCAGCAGAAACGGCAGGUGCAGCACAUCCGUCGCCCCAGCAACACACGCAGCAACUGGCCAAUGCCUGAUGAGCAGCACAGGACCUGGUCCCACCCUGAGUAUUACAGUGAGGGCGAGGCCAUGAACAGCAGCUGGUCGGCCAAUCAGGGCGACUCCGCGAGCUCCAGCGACGAGACUUCCUCAGCCAACGGUGACAGUCUGUUCUCCAUGUUUUCUGGGCCAGAUCUUGUAGCAGCAGUGAAACAAAGGAGAAAACACAGCUGUGGCGAACCAGAGGUGUGCACUCUGCCCUCACCACCACUUCAUCACACCAGUGAUGAUAGCCAGGACAGCAAAACAAAAACCUGGCCUCCCAAAGCACCGUGGCAGCACUCCACCCACACCCACACCCACACCCACUCACACACCAACACAAACACCAUGUCCAAUCCCAGCUCUUCCUUGUACCAGAUGAACAUCCCCCCUUCCUCCCAGUGGAGCGACUCCAUGCAGAUGCUGCAGUCUCCCGUGUGGUCCACUGCCAGCGACUGCUCCCCCUCCACUGGCAUCUCCUCUGGUUUUCCCUUCACCCAGCAGCAGCAGCAGCAGCAGCAGCAGCAGCAACAACAACAACAACAGCAGCAGCAGCAGCAACACAAACCCAUGACUAAGGGCUUUAAAUCCUUCCCCCUCAAACAUGAGCACAGGCCCUCCUACCUUCACCAGUACUGACCAAUCAGUCGACGGUUAAGUGCCAUGGAACGACCUGUAGCUCCUGUUCAAUGAGCCACUGAGUGGGCCACGCUGCAGCCUUCACACUCGACACCCACUGAAUUGGAAGAUUUCAAAGCCUCAGAGGCAAAUUUAAGUAAACACACUGGCUUAACAUUUUUUUCUAUCUGUAUUUUUCCACAUCAAACAUCGCCCCCCAUUUGAAAAAAAAAAAAAAAGAAAAGAAAAAAAGAGAGCGAUAUAUUGAAGUUUUUCCAACUGCCAUGCUUUAACUGGGAGAGGUGCAUGUGUCACACUGGCAGCAGUUAGUCUGGUGAUCUUUUCUCUGUUUGUUGAGCCGGCGUCUCCUCAGACAAGAGCGGGAUACAUGCAUGGCCGUCACCCACUUGCUUCUGCAGCUGAUGUGUGUGUGUGUGUGUGUGUGUGUGUGUGUGUGUGUGUGUGUGUGUGUGUGUGUGUGUGUGUGUGUGUGUGUGUGUGUGUGUGUGUGUGUGUGUGUGUGUGUGUGUGUGUGUGUGUGUGUGUGUGUGUGUGUGUGUGUGUGUGUGUGUGAGAGAGUGUGAGAGAGUGUGUGAGAGAGUGUGAGAGAGAGUGUGAGUGAGGAGGGGAUUACGAGGGGCAGGGGCUUGAAAUGCUCUCAUUUUGCCCCGUAAUGAAUAUACUGUGUCUACAAUAGCUGUGACUGCCAAAUCUCGCGUAAAGAUGACUCAGAAUACAGCUACCAUCUACUGUUUCAUAGCUUGUAAAAUACUGAAGUUGAAAUAUAAAUAUUUAGUUCUUUUUAUUAAGAGGCUUUGAGCAGGCUCAGCGUAAAAUAUAGUAAGUCACUGCGGAGGUGUCGUCGUUUGAAAGGAAUACACUACUUUUUUCUUUUUUUGUUUCUCAACAACUGACCAGAGUUUAGAGUUAUAGCAGUAAUUAUGUGCCAUGUUGGUAUUGAUAGCACUUGCAGGAUAUAAUUUCCAACCAAAGCGUUGCCGAGAAGAUGAAUGGUGCUGAAGAAACAGACGGGAGAUUAUCGAUAAAACAGUGAAGUUCCACGCCCUACUGGCUGAGAUCAAUAGGGAGCGUCUUCAUACCUGUUCAUUUCCUCCUCUUCUAAUUGGCAGUUGAUUGCUUCAGAAUUGACACUAAUUCCCAUGAACCUAACGUUUUUUUUCUUCUGUUUAAUAAUACAAUAUUUUUCUUGUACAAUUAUUGACAGUAUUAAUCUUAUUUUUGUAUUUUCUUACAUGUUAUACCAUUACUGUAUGUUAGUAUUCUUGUAGCCAUUUUACAUGAAACAUUAUUUUCCACCUCCCAAUAUGUGAAAAAAAGCACAUUUUUUUCCUACAGAGUUGAACUACACCAUCGAUCUAUAAAGGUUACCAAAUAUGCCAUGCUCAACACUAAACCAGUGUGUGAUGAGGGUGUUUUUCGAGCCCUUGUUUCUUUGGUUUCUAUGGCAAUGGGCUGCAUUUAUGAGCCCAGAAUGUUAUCUUUUUGUGAUGUUUGCGGAUGCCAAUGUUGCCUGUAUUUAUGAAAUGACACCAUGUUUUCAGAAAACUAACAUACUUAACAUGUUUACAGAGAAUUGUUUGCUGUAUAUACAUAUAAAUAUAUAUCUUUUUAUAGUUAAUGUGCUUUGCACAAUCAAGAUAUAGGGUUUGUUGCUUUUUGUCUGUGUUAUCUCCCUCUAACUGUUGCAGCCUUUUUUAAAGACAUCAUUACAGACCUUGGACUGUAACUGUUAGCUUCUCAGCUGUGUCAUAUGGUUUACUAGUGGCUUCUAUAAAAGAUUUAAAAAAGAAAAAAAGAAAAAAAAGGAAUAAUAAAAACAUGUUGCCCUGAUGGAAGAUAUGAAGGGGGGGCUGCUUGGCUUAUGUUGCUUAUUGUUCUCUUGAGCUGGCAACUGAAUCUUUCCAAGUGUACCAGCAAAGCAAAAAAUGAAUAAAAAUUACUAGCAAUUCAA